GCUGAAUUCGGACACACUCAAUUUGUUUUUAGUGGAGGGAACAGGCGGAGCUCCUGUUUGCAAAUUUUAUUACAGCUUUUAAACGGUACAAAGUCUGCAUAAUUCUUCUUAUUUGGGAGAGCACAAGAGUCCUUCAAAAUGGACAACGACUUCUCAGAGCUUCUCAGCCAGGCUGAGCAGCUGGCUAAUGACAUUGAUGGGGUUGGAGAACUCCCUCAAGUUGAACGUUCACUCAGACAGGUUUUGGAUGCAUCCAAUGACCUCUGGAGCAAAGUCACUCUUCAUGAAGCUCCCGACAUUCAGGCACAUAUGAUGCUUGCAUCCAAAGGAGUGGAUCUGACCCAAUUGUCUCAAAAGUUAGAUACACUUAGUACAAGGAAAACAUUUGAGCCUUUAGAACCAGUCCCAGAAGCUGAUAUUUCAAGCUACCUAAAAAAUGAAGUCGAGAAUGUUCUCCUAUCUCUUAUUGAGGGAACUCAUAGGAGGUCAUCAGCAGCAGCAGAUCAACGCCUAUGGGAUAGUAUCAGACAAAAUUGGUCCAAGGAGAUGCGACAAAUGUUCAAUGCUCUUCAUGGGUCUUCUAGACCUCUUGAUCUGCAAGGCCUACCUGAGACUUCAACUGUGGCUGAUGUAGCUCCUGUUCAUAGCCGUCUUGACCACAUGGAAAUGGCUUAUGCUAAAGAAGUGAUCGACUAUAAUGAUCGUGUCAUUCAAGGUGGAGUCAGACCUCAGCUUGUGAUCAAAUUUGCCAAAGCAGCUGAGUCAUUUAACAACAUGAAAGUUAAUGAACUUUGGGAAAUUGUGCAGUACAUGUCCCACAUUGCUCCACAAUUCAAAGACAAUCCUAUUCUCACUAGAACGUCAGCUCCUACCCAAAGCCAACUUAUUUUGCAAGCAAGGAAAUACCUUGAAGAAAGAUACAAAAAAUAUAUGACAAAGCUGGUUGAAGGCAAUUUAGCCCUGGCUUGCCGUGGCGGUGUUCCUGGAACACUGUCUCUUGUUCGCAGUUUUGUAGACCUGAGAGUUUUAGGUAGUUUGCAAGGAAUGCUAGGGCUGGAAGAUGGUCAGGUUGACAAAAAGCCAAUUUGGCCACAACUUUACUACUGUCUAAGGUGUGGAGAUAUUGAUGCUGCUCUAUCAUGUGCAACACAAGCUGGAGCUCAACUGGCCGACCUGUGCGCAAUUUUGGGAGCCUUGAAGAGCAGCCCAGAACGUGCCCUUGAUCCUAGCAUGGAGUCAACAGUGAGGUUCCAAUAUAGAUGUAAUAUUCGCAAGUCUCCUGAUCCAUUCAAAAGGGCUGUCUACUGUAUCCUUGGAGCAUGUGAUGUCUCUGAUGAGCAUUCUGAAGUAGCUAAAACUGCAGAUGAUUAUUUAUGGUUCAAGCUUUGCCAGAUACGUGAAGGAGAGCGAACUGAUUCAAGAUCAGGAGAAAAUAUAACUCUUCAGCAUUUGCAAACACUUAUUUCACAAGAUUAUGGGGAGUCUCAUUACAAUGCCCUUGAACAACCUCAUGUCUAUUUUCAAAUGCUUUUUUUAACUGGCCAAUAUGAGUUGGCUCUUGAGUUUUUGUGGCGCAUUGACAAAUUGAAAGUUCAUGCUGUUCACAUGGCCAUAGCUCUACAUGAGUGUAAUCUCCUUGGGAUACCUAAUUGCCCAGAGUCACCUCUAUUAUGUGUGGAUCCCUCUGAUCAAACACCACACCGUCGAUUAAAUUUAGCUCGCUUGAUCCAAUACUAUGUUAGGCGAUUUAAUUUGACUGAUAUGAAGGAGGCAUUGCAUUAUUACUACUUCUUGAGGGGGAUGAGAUUACCCUCUGGAGACAACCUCUUCAGAUUUUGCAUCUCAACUCUGGCAAUGGAGUCGAGAGACUUCAGCACUAUACUAGGCAGAUUGGAGCCUGAUGGGUGCAGAACUCCAGGCAUCAUAGACAUUUUCAAUGGUGUUCAAGCUGAACCAAGUGAAAUAAUUGAAAUGGUGGCAUCCAAUCUUGAAAAGAAAGGAUUAUUUGAAGAUGCUCUGGAAGUCUAUGAUUUGGCUGGGAACCAUGAGAAAGUGAUGAGCCUGAUGAGUGGCCUUUUAAGUCAAGUUGUCCACCUUGUAAGUCAGCAGGGUUCUUUGCGUUUCCGUCUUGCUGCCAAGGCCACAGACGUAUCUCGCCGUAUUGAAGGAAACAAAUUCCGCUGCUCUGAUGAAACCUACCGUACUUUUAAAACCCUGAGGCAUUUAUUAGAGUUCUUUGACAAGUAUCAUGCGGGAGAUUAUGUGAAAGCCUUAGAGUUGAUUGUAGAAUCGGGACUUAUACCCAGUAAAACGGAAGAAGUUGAGAACAGAGUUAAUAAUUUCCGGAAGCUGGGUGAUGAUAUCUGCCACAAUUUUCCUCAGCUCUUAAUUGCAACCAUGACUAUAUUACACUCUCUUUAUAAUAGAGCAAGGGGAAAUGUCAAUAUGAGUCUAAGCUCAUCUAGACUCGAGACCAGUAUGGCUGACAAACCACUUGCAUCUUACAGAGAGCAAGCCAGAGCUAUAACUAGCUUUGCUGGAACUAUGCCCUACAGACUGCCCGGAGAUACAAAUUCUAAGUUGGUGCAGAUGGAAAUCCUUAUGCACUAAAAUAAUUUUUGUUGUGUAAAUCAUCUUGCAAUCUGCCUUUAUUGUACUUAUUCAAUCAUUAAAAUAAUUUAAGUUUUCAUGGUA